AUGGCCCCUUCUAAGCUGAUCGUGGUGCUGGGUGCUACUGGAGGCCAGGGGAACUCCGUAGUGGAGGCCUUCCUCACGGAAAAGGACUACAUUAUUCGCGGUGUGACCCGUCAGCCUCAAAGCGAGAAAGCCCAGGCUUUGUCGAAAAAGGGCGUUGAAGUCGUGGAGGCGGAUAACAACGAUGAAGCGAGCCUCGUGAAAGCUUUUGAGGGAGCUUCAGCUAUUUUUGCGAUGACCGAUUUCUUUGAGCCAUUCGCCAAACAUGGCCCCCACAAGGCCAUUGAAAUUGAGCAGAAACAGGGGGAAAAUAUUGCACGCGCAGCCUCGAAGACAGCUGGACUCCAGCACUUCCUCUGGAGUACGCUUCCGGAUGGCAACACUCUGACCAAAGGCAAAUUUGUUAUCCCACAUUUCGAAGCCAAAAACCGAAUCAAUCGGUUCAUUCAAAACGACAAGGCGCUACUUGCGAAAACAACGUUCCUUUGGUUUGGUUUCUAUACCGAGAACCUGUUCUAUCCGAUCUUCACUCCGAUCUAUGUGAAAAGCGCACAGAAGUUCAUCCAACUGUCUCCGGCGGACCCUUCGACUCCAAUCUGGUCCGUUGGUGAUCACCGAACUAACACCGGAAUCUUCGCCCGUGCCAUUGUGAAAAAUCCACCCAAAGAUGGCGGAACUUUUGUCCGAUGCUUUGCAGAGUAUCACUCAUCUCUCAACGAUUAUCUUGCUGUGUGGGGUCGCGCGAGUGGUCUUUCCCCGUCGGCAGGCUCGACCAUGGUUGUCAAGGUUUCUCUGCAUGAGUAUAGCCAGCUGUGGCCCGGCUGGGGCGAGGAGAUGGGGUCGAUGAUGGCUAUGUGGAGUGCCUUGCGAGAGCGUAGCUGGGCUGGUCUCGAUGGUGAUCAUGUACUGGACAUCGAUAAUAUACUGUCUGCGGAUGAUCGGAAGUCCGUGAUCAAAACGGAGGCCGCGUUUCGAGCGCUGGAUUGGAAGAAGAUCCUGUGA